CGCCAUCCCUUGGAGGCUCGAACUCGAAUUCUGGCCACGGGGCUCACAGACAUCAUGUCGGUAAUGCUCACCAAGUUUGAGUCCAAAAGCAACCGGGUCAAAGGACUCGCGUUCCACCCUACGCAACCGCUGCUCGCGGCUUCAUUACAUAACGGGAGCGUGCAGCUAUGGAACUACAGGAUGGGUGUUCUGGUGGAUAGGUUUGAGGAACAUGAAGGCCCGGUGCGAGCCGUCGCGAUGCAUCCCAGCCGAGCUCUGCUUUGCACUGGAGGAGAUGACUAUAGGAUCAAGGUCUGGGACAUCAAGCCUACCAAUCGACGCUGCCUCUUCACCCUGCAUGGCCAUCUUGACUACAUUCGCACUGUGCAAUUCCACCACGAGAUGCCAUGGAUUCUCUCCGCUUCGGACGACCAGACAAUUCGUAUAUGGAACAGCACCUCGCGCAACUGCAUCGCCAUUCUCACUGGCCACUCGCACUGGGUGAUGUCUGCACAGUUUCAUUCUAAGGAGGACCUUAUCGUGUCGGCGUCGCAAGACCAAACAGUCCGCGUCUGGGACAUCUCCGGCUUGCGCAAGAACACGCCCAACACUGCUCCCGGCACAUUCGACCAGUUCGACAACUUCUCUACCGUGAAGUACGUCUUAGAGGGCCACGAUCGUGGCGUCAACUAUGCUGCCUUCCAUCCGACGCUGCCCCUCAUUGUCUCCGCAUCGGACGACCGUCAGAUUAAGAUAUGGCGAAUGAGCGAGACGAAGGCGUGGGAGGUCGACGCGUGCAGGGGUCACUUCAACAACGUCUCGACCGCGAUAUUCCACCCCAAACACGAGCUGAUCGUGUCUUGUGGCGAGGACAAGACCGUGCGCGUCUGGGACCUCACGAAGCGGUCCGCGGUGCAGACGUUCAGACGCGAGCAUGAUCGCUUCUGGGUACUCGCCGCCCAUCCUGAACUCAACCUGUUUGCUGCAGGACACGACAACGGAUUGAUCGUCUUCAAGCUGGAGCGUGAGCGGCCAGCAUUUGCCAUGAACGGCGACACGGUGUACUACGUGCGCGACAAGUACGUUCGCUCGUAUGACAUCAACACAGGCGCAGAUCUCGGUCUGCUGAGCGUACGCAAGUUCGGGAGUCCCUAUGUUCCGCCAAGAACGCUCAGUUUCAACCCCGCCGAGCGCGCCGUCCUGCUGACUAUCUCCUCCGACAACGGGCUGUACGAGCUAUCGGGACUGCCGAAGGACGCUGUUGGUGAGGUCAAGGACUCGGCGACGGACGGUAAACGUGGCAGCGGUCAGGCAGCGAUCUUUGUGGCGAGGAACAGGUUUGCCGUGUUGAACAAAGCGACUCAGCUCAUUGAAGUUCGAGACUUGUCGAACUCUGUCGUCAAGGGCAUCAAGCCCCCUGUGCAGACCAACGAGAUCUUUUACGGUGGCACAGCCAGCCUUAUUCUCAGCUCCGCGUCUUCGGUCGUCCUGUAUGACAUCCAGCAGCAGAAGACGCUGGCAGAAAUCACCACGCCGCCCGUGAAAUAUGUCGUUUGGAGCGCAGACGGCUCUCUCGUCGCUCUCCUCAGCAAGCACACGAUCACCAUUGCGAACAAGAACUUCUCGCAGCACACGCUCAUCCACGAAACUAUCCGCAUAAAGUCCGGUGCUUGGGAUGACGCUGGUGUGUUCAUCUACUCUACGCUCAAUCACAUCAAGUACUGCCUCGCGCAAGGCGAUCACGGUGUUAUCUGCACUCUCGACAACCCUGUUUACCUGACGCGGGUCAAGGGCAAGACCGUACACUGCCUCGACCGCUCUGCGCGGCCGCGCACCAUCACCAUUGACCCCACAGAGUACCGCUUCAAGCUCGCGCUGCUCCGGAACAACCAUGAGGAGAUGUUGUACAAUAUCCGGACGUCAAAUCUCCUGGGUCAGAGUAUCAUCGCCUACCUGCAGCAAAAGGGCUUCCCCGAGAUUGCGCUGCACUUUGUACAAGACAAAAACACGCGCUUCGACCUCGCGAUCGAGUGCGGUAACCUAGAUGUAGCACUAGAAACCGCUCAGGCCAUCGAUCGGCCAGACAGUUGGGAACGCCUUGCACAGCAGGCUCUGAAGCAAGGCAACCACAAGAUCGUGGAGAAGGCGUACCAGCGCACGAAGAACUUCGAUCGACUUUCAUUCUUGUAUUUGGCGACCGGGAGUACCGAGAAGCUCACGAAGAUGCAGAAGAUCGCGGACGCUCGUGGGGACCCGAUGUCGCGCUUCCACAACGCGCUGUAUGCUGGCGAUGUGCAGGGCCGGAUCGCGGUGCUCAGGGAUGUUGGAAUGCAUUCGUUGGCAUACCUGACUGCCAAGACGAAUGGUCUCGACGAGGUUGCGCUCGAGAUCCUGGAGGCUGCCGGGCUUACAGAGGCAGAUGUUGACGAUGUUCCUUCGUUCGGACAGUCGACUCUCAAGCCGCCCCCCGUUGUGACGUCGACGACCAACUUCAACUGGCCGACGCUGUCCACGGGCGAGAGCUUCCUCGAUCGCGCGCUCGCGAACGGUCUCGAGGCUGGCAGUGACGCGCCUUAUGUAAAUGGCGUUGACGGCAAUGGGGCUGCUUCCGCCGCGUUGGAUGAUUGGGCUAAGGAUGAGGAAGCCGUGGAGGACGUCCCUGCGGAGGAGGGCGCUUGGGAUCUUGAUGCGGAUGCUGAGGAUGCGGAUGAGGCUGAGGAGGAAGAGGAAGUUGUCGAGGAGGAGCCCGAACUUGGUGCAGGGGCUGCGCCUGGGGUCAGCGAGACAGAGCUCUGGACACGAAACUCGCCAUUUGCAGCAGACCAUGUUGCGGCAGGAUCCUUUGACACGGCGAUGCAGCUUCUCAGUCGCCAGUUUGGUAUCGUCAACUUCCCUGCUCUCAAGCCUGCCUUCCUCUCUGUCUAUCGUUCGUCGCACGUAUACCUCUCUCCUAUGGCUUCCCUCCCUCCCCUCCAAUUGCACCUGCGCCGUAGUCCGGAAGAGUCAUCUCCGAGCCGAGUGCUGCCUGUUGCAGUGCGCACACUGCCCUCGAUCCGCGCGGAACUCUCAGAGGGCUUCCGCGCUGUUUCCGGCAACAAGCUGCCAGAUGCACAGACCGUGUUCCGCGCCGUGCUCCGCGCGUUAUUGCUGGCGCCUAUCUCAUCUGACAACGAAGCAAAAGAGUGGCGCGAUCUGGUCACCAUGUCCCGAGAGUACCUGCUAGGUGUGACGCUGGAGAUCGAGCGCCGCAGAGUUGCCCAGGACGAGCCGGACAACGUCCGCCGCAGCUUGGAACUCGCGGCAUACUUCACGAGCUGCAAGCUUCAACCCGCACAUCUGCAGAUCGCGCUGCGUAGUGCCAUCGGGGUCUUCGCAAAGGCGAACAACCACGCUACUGCAGCAAAGUUCGCGCGGCGGCUGUUGGAGCUCAACCCCGACCCGAAGAUUGUGGCCCAGGCGCGGCAACGCAUCGCUGCUGGAGACCGUAACCCACGAAACGCGGUCGAGAUUGACUACGACGAGUUCACAGAGUUCGAGGUCUGCGGGGCGAGCUUCACACCGAUCUACAAGGGUUCGCCCGCGGUGCGGUGCCCAUACACCGACGCCGCGUACCUGCCACAGUACAAAGGCCAGCUAGACCCGCUCACCGAACUUACGGAAAUCGGCGCUUCUUCUGCCGGCUUGCCUGCACCGCGCUCAUAGCUUCACUCGACCUGGACAGUCGUGCUCCAGACAGAGUGGGCAGCAAGGGCUGCUACCCUCGGAUGUUGUCGCACUACCCGCACGCCUGUAGCGCUGGCAAUGGAUCUUUUUGUCUCGCUUGGAACUACCGUUGCGGGCGAACAAGCCACACCACGCAAGAUCACUGACGCUAUACAAGAGAGUCCUACUCAAGGGUGGCGGAAUCGCUCGCUAAGCUGGACCUCCGUUUGUGUUUUUCUGUUUUCUUCAUCAUCGGCUCUACUACUCUGACGUUGGCGAAUGCUAAUACCCGCCGUCCUCAAACGCUACAGCCACUCUUCAC